GUCAGGCAGAGAGCGGGCCAGCGGCCGAGGGCAGGAGAGCCGGGCUAUUACGGACACAGCGAGGCCGUGGUGUGCGGGCAGGUGGCCCUUGGGCGUUUCCUGGCUGUCUCAUCCCUGGCAGUGUCUGUCUCUCCACCUGGGUGGGGUGAGGCAUCUGCUCUCCCCUGCCAGGGGUGACCAAGCCGGAUGAUAGAUGCUUUUGGAAUUAAGUCCCUGGACUGUCUCUGACUUAACCGCUUGGGUUCAGGCCCCAGUGGUGGGAGAAUGAGAGCACGCAUUUCCUGACCUUUGGUAUUCCCCAGGACAAUGGCAUCUCUCAGCCACAUCUUGGUUCUUUGUGUGGGUCUCCUUGCCAUGGUCAACGCAGAAGCACCACAGGAACACGACCCAUUCACCUACGACUACCAAUCCCUGCGGAUCGGAGGCCUUAUAAUCGCCGGAAUUCUCUUCAUCCUGGGCAUACUCAUCGUCUUGAGCAGAAGAUGCCGGUGCAAAUUCAACCAGCAGCAGAGGACUGGGGAACCUGAUGAAGAGGAGGGAACUUUCCGCAGUUCAAUCCGCCGUCUGUCCACCCGCCGGCGGUAGAGACACCUGGCGCGAUGGACCCCUGCCAGGUCCCGCAGCUCUAACUAGGCUGGGGAAGGGAGGAGAGAGGAGGAGGAGGGGGCAAAGGGCUGGGGUAGCGGGCCUGGAGGGCUCUCCUGCCCCUCACCCUUUUCACCCCCACAGGAUUCCCCUGGCACUUGACGCUUCCCACCCACCUUCUGCACGCCCACCACCACCUGGACUGCCCUCUUCCCUAGCCCUGCCCCCACAGACUGCCGCUCAGAUUUCCAAUAAAACGUGCUUUUCUCUCUUGA